AUGUCGCUUUACUUUUCGGAUAACGAUGGUCUAGAUGACAAUCCCCUCAUCUCAUCUAAUGCGGAGGUGUGGGGUGGGACCGCGCCCUCUCCUCCGAAUGGAAAGACCACUUCUAAUAAUUUAAUUCACGAGAGCACACUUGUCGACGAAGUUGACGAAGAGCAUCCGUGGGGCCCACCCCCCACGCACACCAUGGCUAGUUUUCAAGACGAAGAUCCUAUGAGGAACUGGGGAACAACUGGCACCUUUAGCCAAGGCACAGACGAUACUGCUGAAGUAAUGGAGAACAGCCAGAAUUUCCUGUCUGGUGCAUCCACAACAACGUCCUAUUCGCCCUUCGCACGUGUUGAGACCACGGCACCAAGGGCAGAUGCUCCUGAAGACAUAUAUGGUGUUCCAGAAAACUUUCUAGAAGUUGAAGUGAGGAACCCAAGAACUCAUGGUGUUGGACGUAAAAUGUUUACCGAAUAUGAAGUGGUUACCCGUACAAACAUCCCCGCAUUUAAAUUGAGUUAUUCAUCUGUGUGGCGACGAUAUUCUGACUUUGACUAUUUCCGCGAACUCCUUGAGCGUGAAUCAAACCGUGUAAAUAUCCCGCCUUUGCCAGGUAAAGUGUUCACCAACCGGUUUUCAGAAGAUGUUAUUGAGUCACGCCGUGAAGGACUCGAGCGAUUUUUGCAAAUUGUCGCAGGACAUCCUUUGCUACAAACAGGAAGUAAGCACAUGGCAGCCUUCCUUCAGGAUAGUCACUGGAAAAGAACGUAG